AUGACCUCUGGCUCUGCCGAAGCUCGCGAAGCAUCAUCGUCCACCACUAGCUUCCGUCAUCGCUCGCCAAGCAUCUCAAGCUCGUCUUUGCCCUCUGGCAGCUCACCUCCUUCUCAUCGUCAGAGCAAGCGAACCCUUAGCAACGCAGCAGCAGCCGUCGUCCACCACGCCACCAAUGGUAGCGCUCGUGGCGCUGACGGUACCAGUGGAGGCGGGCCUCCUACUGAGACUGGCCUUUCGAUGUCAGGAGCAUUGGAUUCAUCUCCAUCUACAUCGUCGUCGUCAUCGUCGCUCGGCUUGCAGGGCAAGACAGGGGUAGAUGGCCAUCAGCGUUCGCCAGCUUUGAGUAGUAUAGCGGAGGAUCAGGUGCAAGCAUCGGGCAGCGGAAGCAGCCACAAUUUCGCAAAUGCCGUCCACUCUUCGUCAAGAAGGGCAAGUGGAAGCUGCCACCUCUCCUCCUCUUCUACAUCCUCCUCCUAUGAUGCAGCGGACAAACACCCUCAGCAUCAUGGGCGACUCCACCUUCACCUGCCUCCCCGUUCACAGCUGGAGGAGGAGCAGGAAAUCGUGGCGAACUACCACACCUCUUCUCCCUUGUCAGAGCCGCACCUCGCGCUGCCUGACUUGACAGACUAUCACUCCAUGAUGUCACACUCGAGGGGUGCAACAUCUCUCACAGAUCCAGAGCAGGCAGGAAGGUCGCUUUGUGGACAGCGCCGACCCGAGACGGUCACGGCCGAAACAUUUGCUGAGCAAAUAAUAGCUGUCGGAGGUCACAUGGUCCAACCGUCUUCCAGAUCUGCCAGCUCGGAUCACCUCCACGACACAAGUACAAUGCCUACCCACCCUCUCACAACCAAGGACAUGGGUCCCGAUCUGCCUUCUUCGCCUAGACAUCCCAGCAGUACUACUCAAGGCAGCCAAAUUGCUCUUCUACCCUUGCAGCAGUCCACGGUACAGCAGACAUCGACUGCCAGCACUUCGCUGCCCUCGCCAGCUUCUCCCUAUCCUACGACUUGGUCCACUUGGUCGUUCCCACCCCCUCGGCCUUCGAAGGCCGGCGGGCUGCAUACUGUCGCAAGGAAACGAAUGAACGUCGGUUCACAAUCCAAGAUUGGGAGCGUAGGACCUCGACGUGCUUCUUCGCGGGUCAAUUGGGAGACCGUGGUGGUCGAUCGAGGUCUGUCGGGCAGUCCGACGCCCAACCCGUGGAAGGGGGACAGUGAAACCAGUGAUGCUGGACCCGUGGGACAGGAAGGUCUUGGACGGAAGAGGCGUCUGCCUAGCGGGUCUCUGCAGUGCAACAACAGCUCACGUGCCCCUGCUGAUCAGAAGGGAUUUCAGCUGCAGCCAGUGCCUCCUGGCAAAAGACGUCGGUACCAGUACAGGCCUUCUCAGUCCCUCGGUAUUCAGCACGUUGAUGACACUGGGAUGCAGCACCAGAAAUCGAAUCUCGCGGAUGGCCACUCCUGCCACGAUCAGCCGUCACAUACACUCCAGCACUCAGCUAAGCUUCAAUCGACGACAUCGUCAUCUUCUGGAGUGGCCCCAGAGAACCAUGGCUUGCCCACUGCUCACGAGGCAGCGGAUCUGGUUCCGUCCGAGCGGUCGGAGCACCGGACGACGUCUCCUUCUUCUUGGGAUUCUUCUUCACGAUCGCAGCACGCUCCCACUCGUAUGUCGCAGCAGACACGCCCAGAAUACAUUGUGCCGGUGAGGGAGAAUUUGUUCAACGUGGCCGGUGCAAAGGGAACUGCUCUGUCGCAGAUGCGGUGCCCGUCCUUCUUUGCCUCACAGACGCCAGCAGAAGCAAGCUUCGCAAGCCGAUCGGCCGGCCUCACGAGCGCAACUCGUGGUCGCCAGCCCUGGCCAACACCGCAUGGUCAGGCCGCUCGCAAGCGUCAGCCCGCUGUCCAGGCACCCACCGCCCUCCAACUCAAUCGCCUACUGCCUCGUCUGAGAAGAGCCCAGAGUGUCCCAAAUAUGCGAGUCAGGACAUCAACAGAAAGCCUAAUCCAGCCAGCCGUACACCGCCUCAUGCUGCCACCCCACUUGGUGAAUUUCUUGGCCUCCCUCCAGCGACCUGGAGCGACGGUCAGCGAUGCCAAUUCUAUCGCCAGCAGCAGUAACUCACCAAGUCCGCUGCCCAUCAUGAUCGCGCCCGCCACGAGUAGCAACACCGGCGAAGCCGUACUGCACCAGAGUCGCAGUCGUGAUGCUGGAAGGAAGCAUAAUGUCUACAUGCCACCUCUCCAUCCACCCAUCACUCGUCACACACUGCGCGAGCUUGAUCUAGCCGAGAUCCUCAAAAACCCACAAUUGAGGCACGACGUAGUCUUUGACGCCAACGUCCAAUUCAGGCCCAACUUUGAUGGCGAGAGAGGCAAGAAGAAGAAGGAGGCCUGUGAGAAGUACUGGACGGCCGUGACUCGAGAGAUUGAGCUUGGUUGCACCUGCACAAGCUUCGAAGGACAACGUCUCUUGCCUUGCAUUUGUGGUGGCAGCGUGGCUGCUCGCUCUGCAUCGCAAGUGUCCUCCGCUGCCAUGACGAGAGGGAGCAAGAGUGGGUCAGGAAGCUGCUCCAAGUUGCCUGCUGACAAAAAUCCACCCUCUCGAGUGCCGGUCCUCGUGCAGGAGUUGCGAGCAAUCUGUCUGUCAAUUUUGCCUGGCAGCAAUGGCGCUGCGCAUUCCCCCAUUUCUUCUCGCUCGCCAACAGGCUCAUCGAUGGCGGGUGUUGGAACUCCUCUCGUCGGUCAGAGUGGUGGCACUGUCGUCUCAUCCGAUCACUCUGUCCUCGCCUCGACCCUCGACCCCGUCUUCAUCUCUCAGCAACUGGCUCAUGGGGUGCUCGACGUACCAGGUUUGGUGAGCUUCCUGGCUUCCGUCCUUCAGCUCCACUGUGCGCCCAUGCGCGACGAGAUGAUCGACGAGAUGGUACAAGAGACGAAGCGAGGCCGGAUCGGCAAGGGCCUAAGGAUGUGCUUCGAGAUCCUCGAGCUAAUGAAGCUGGACAUCGCCAACCAUCAGCUGCGAUCUGCACGACCAUAUCUGGUCGAGACUGCCGUCGAAUUCGAAGCCAGAUGGUUCCGUGAUCAGAUCGUUGGCAGUAGAAUGGCUCUUGAUCGGACCACGGCUUGGUUCAGCGCAAGCUGGCGGGACCUCGCCAGCCAGUCUUCCACGGCUGAUUGCAGGCAGUCUCGAACAGCCUUGAUCUCACAAGCCUACAAUGAUGGCUUCCUACGCCUAAUCUUUGACCCACCCGGUACUGAUACAAACAUUCGAGCGCUGCACUCUCGCGCAGCGGAAGGACCUUCGCUCUCCAGCUCGUCUUUGAAUCACUCCUACUCGGCCGCCUACCCGGAGACGUUCCAAUUCGACGCUUUCCGCUUGAUGACAUUUCACAACGAUGCCGUAGAUCUGACGAUUAUCUACAUGCUCCUCAUGCUCUUCAGACAGCUCAGCUGCUCGCCAGCCAUUGCCGGAUCCGCUCCUCUCCCUGCCACGGCCAGCACAAGUGCCAACAUCAGCAAGGUUGCGGCCACGCUAGCUAGCAAGCAGCUCGAGUCUGUCAAGAACGAGGUAUGGUGCCUUCUCAACGAGGCCAAUGCGGCUAUGUCACGAUCUGAAUCCAGCGCUGCUGCCGACCCGGACUUGCCGGCGUCCCUGUCAGGAGUCGGAACAGGCGGUAAAGCAAAGCUGACCGACCCGCGCUGGCGAAGUGCUAUGAAGGAUGCUGUGCUACAGGUAGCAGCCCGAGCUGGUGCUGUCUGGGACGAGGCAGCUGGCAUCUCCUCCACAUGCGCCACGCGGGCACCAUCGACGCAGACGAUUGCGAUGCUCGAGUCUUGGCUGCAGACGAACCUGACACCCCAAUCGGCGCUGAUGAAGCUGUGUCUGGGCAGACUGCGAGGCGUGCUCGGCUCGCUGAUUGCACAGAAAGUCGUUGGUAGUGCUUCGGCCGUCGCUGGAGCUAGCGUUGUGGCUGCUGCGUUAUCGAACGAGACGAAUGAGGUCGUCUCUCAGCGCAAGCGAGCAGCCGAGAAUGCUCCCGACACCUCAGCAAAGAGGCACAAAGGAGAUGAAGCGGUAGCAGAGAGCAACACUGUACCAGCGCCACAAAUUCUUUCAACGACUGAGUGCGCUGUCCCCAAAAGCCAGCCGCGAUGCUCUCCCUCGAGCAGCAAGUCCUCGGUGGACCUCGAAGAGCUGGAGCAAACGGUCGACGGUGUCACACUUGCUGUCUGCUCCGGCGAAGACGACGAAUGGGAGCGCUCCCUCACCAAGGCCGGUCUGGAUCCACUCCGCUCCGAAGUGCGCGUGUUGGGCGCAAGGAUGCUCCAGGUGGCCGCGGUGAACCUGAAGACCUUCCGAGUGCUGUACGAGCGGUUGGCUGUCUAA